AUGUCUUCUGGCUCUGUUGUCGGUGUGGGGUCCACCCCAUCUAUAUUCCGCGGUCUUCUUCAAGACGCUGGCUACACGUAUGCUAAUUAUGAGCAAUAUUCCAAAUACAAGUCUUUGCCGAAUGCGCCGAAUGCUACUGCUCUCGCUCUAUUCGGACACGACGACGGCCUAGCGAGUGCAGAGGCUAUAAACAAGCUCCUCGAUGACAAAGUUAUUCUUCUCCUCUUCGCUCCCAGCACCGAGGUUGCACAGGCACUCAAGGACGCUGCCAAGACGGUACUUGACAUCCCUAAGAUUAAGCUGGAUGAAGGUGUAGCUAUCGUUGCAUACAAGAUGGUGGGGCUUGACCUUAUCCACCUCAUCCCCGGCUUUUCCAUUACACGUCUUACCCAGAAGGACGUUCGAUCCCCGGAAGCUAUAGCUACAAGGGAUAAGCGAAUCACCAUCCGCGACGUAAAGGAUCCUUCCAUGACUUUUGAGCGGAAGCUCAAAUAUGCUAUCGGUCUCAUUGCCAAAUCGGUAGCACACGCCUCUGAUGAAGCUUCCCUUGCGUCUAUUCGCGCUACUUCGGUCAAUCUGACUCCCCCGUCGGAUACGUCAUUUGUCAGCAACACUUCUUUCAGUAUCCAACUCUCGUGGUACAGCGAAGAAUCCCCGUGGAGCGACGAAUCCAGCGGUUGGAGCGUGCUGCCGGAAUCUAAGUGGCAAUGGUGGGAUUUGAGCUGGACGGUAUACCUCUACACCUACGCAACGAACAACACUCCUAAUCCGAACAGCGGCUUUGCAUCUGGUGGCGGGGUGGUCUACACCAUCGCUACAUACGGCGGGUCUUGCGUGCGCUGGUCAGGUGGCUCUCCUAGGUGGUUCGGUCCGUGGGGAGGCAACGGUACAUCCGAGACCGAAUACUGGUUCCUAGAUGAAUUUGCCAUACAGGCCGAAGACACAACUGGCCUCAUGACGUGUUACAGGCAGCAACCUUCUGGCGGGAGCCACUCUGGGACGACGUUCACUUAUAAUAUUGAUUUCAGCCAGACACUCAACCUCUUCAAGAAUAGCGGCAAAACCCCCUUCCAGUGGCAGGCUUCGUACGGGGAUAGUUACACUCGCGACCGGUUCAUGGAGACCCCCGUUCAGUCCGAUCUCUAUACAUUUACGAGCUGGAUUGACUACAAUGAUUAUUAUGAUCGGUACAACGGGGGUUUGAGCAGCGACCAGUGGUGGAACCAUGGAGUCUUCGACUGGUCGGAUGGAGAUUACAAGACCGUCAAGGUCUUACCGAACGACAACUUCCCCAUCCACGGGCUCAACAUGUGGACCUCCAAUGUGGGAAGAACCAACAUCAGGUUCGCCAGCGGCAUCGAGCCUCUUGGGUUCAAGUCCAACACCGCUUGGGGACAAGGUCACUUUGUCUAUGCUCCGCUUUGGGGCGAUGAUUAUCUCGACGUGCCCCUCGAUCUCACUUUCGGCGGUUGA